CUAUUGUAUUAAUUAGUAUAAGUAAUGUUUUAGGGUUCAACGCUGAACGCUGCAACAGCAAAUCUCUGUUUCAUCUCCGCACAUUCGAUAGUGGCGAAUCUCUCUGUGUGUAUGUGUGUGUGUUUUGAGGGGGUAGGGGAGGGGAGAAGCAACAAAUACAGAAAAUAAUGGAAUAUUUUCUAAACUUUUUUUCAAGUACACACACCAAAAUAAAAUGCUAAAAUCUAAGGAAACGAUUUUGUAAAAAUAUCAGUAUGCUUCCAUUGAGUUAGCACUACGUGUCGUAUUGAAGGCUGUGUAAAUUAUGUUGUAUAUGGAUUUGACGCACGAUUAUGUUGAGCAUGGCAGCACGGUGGCUUAGGGGUUAGACAGCGCAUCAGGAUGUCACCUGGAAAAACCUCAGUCAACAUUGUUAACUUGGGGAGAGUUGCUUACUGCAGUGCCCUUCAGAAACAGCAGCAAUAUAUCAGACAACAUUUUGAUUCUUCAAACCAAACUCCAAACACAGUAAUCUUGUGUGAGCAUGAACCUGUUUACACCACUGGCAUCCGUAGAGCACUGUACCCUGUUGAAGAGGAGCGCAGACUAAAAGAUCUGGGUGCAGAAUUCUUUCGGACAAACCGUGGAGGUCUUAUAACAUUUCAUGGGCCAGGUCAGCUGGUGUGCUAUCCUAUUCUUAACCUGGGCUGCUUUAAGAAGAGUGUAAGGUGGUAUGUGUGUGAACUAGAAAAGACAGUGAUUAAGAUGUGCGGCAAGUUUGGAAUUAAAGCCUCCACUUCUCCAGACACUGGUGUCUGGGUCGGAAACAACAAAAUAUGUGCAAUUGGCAUCCACUGUGGUAGAUACAUCACUUCUCAUGGUUUGGGACUGAACUGCAACACUGACAUGAGCUGGUUUGACCACAUUGUUCCCUGUGGUAUUGUGGGAAAAGGGGUCACCUCACUCAGCAUAGAGCUCGGGCGGGAUGUCACAAUUGAAGAGGCUGCUCCAGUGUUGCUACAGGCUUUUAGUGAACAGUUCGACUGCACGCUGAGUAAAACAGAGUUCCUAAAAAGUCACUUAAUGCCAUUUUAUUAAGGAACAUUUCCCCAUGGGUAGCCCUAAUAAAUGAUGUUACAUUAACAUUUGUUUUUUUUCUUUGUCUUCAGUUCAGCUGCUUGGUCAGAGUAGCAAUGUAUUUAAGAAAACCUAGCCUGGAACACAUUGUGUAGACAUUACAAAAAUCAUUGAUCAGUAAGCACUUUAUACUGGUCAAGUUUGGAGUGGAUUCAGACUAUUUCCCAGGAACACUGCGCAGCAAUAAACCAUGAAUGUGUUUAUUUUGAAAUGGAUCAAUGCACAAUUCUGAUAUUUUAUUUUUUAAUUAAAUUGUAAUGAUCA